ACCUCGUGUCAGCCAUCUUGGCAAAAUGAGUAAUCUCCGCUUGCAGAAACGACUGGCCUCCAGCGUUCUAAAUUGUGGAAAGAACAAGAUUUGGUUGGAUCCAAAUGAAAUAAAUGAGAUUGCAAAUGCCAACUCAAGACAGAAUGUGCGAAAAUUGAUCAAAGAUGGUUUGAUUAUCCGAAAGCCGGUGGUUGUUCACUCAAGAGCGAGGGUACGCAAGAAUACAGAGGCACGCAGAAAGGGAAGGCAUACUGGUUAUGGUAAAAGGAAAGGUACUGCAAAUGCUCGUAUGCCAACCAAAGUAAUCUGGGUCAGAAGAAUGCGUGUACUGCGACGUCUUCUUAGAAAGUACCGAGAGAACAAGAAGAUCGACCGCCAUUUAUACCACAAACUUUACCUAAAAUCUAAAGGUAAUGUGUUCAAGAACAAGAGGGUACUCAUGGAAUACAUUCACAAGAAGAAGGCCGAAAAUGCAAGAAGCAAACUCCUUUCUGACCAAGCUGAAGCUAGGAGACUUAAGACGAAGGAGGCUCGUAAAAGGCGUGAAGCUCGUAUUACACAAAAACGUGAUGAAUUGCUGAGCUCUUACUCAAAAGAAGAUUAAAGCUAUUAAUCAUCUGGCUUACCUUUCUGUACAACAAAAAAGUCACAAUGCAGAAGCAAGGAAUCUCAACAGGACAGUAUAUUGCUUACCUGUUACAAAUGGAUUAUACUUCAUUUCAUGUGUUGCGCAUGAUUUUUCUUUGAAAAAAAAAUUAAAAUAUAAUUGUAUCUGCAGGAA